AUGUUCCGAGGCAGCCCCUUGGUGGAUUCCAGGCAGGAAUCCCGGAAUCCCGGCCUAGGCUGCCAGCUCUCCCCUCCCCUCUCGCGUCACACGUGGUUUCCUGGAAGGGCGGGUAACUGGUUCCAGGGCGUGACAAGGGCACGGGCUCGCAGCUUUCUGCGGGCUGACGCGGAUUAUACUAAGAGCUUAGCUGAAGAAAUUAAGAAGCAAAACAAUAGGCUGAAGAAGGAGAUCCGAAAGCUUGAAGCUGAGUUACAAGUGAGCACCAGAGAUUUCCAGAUUCAAGAGAAUAUUCCUGAAACGAAGAUGAAAUUGGAAUCAAUAGAGAUUCCUGAGACUGACAGCCAGUUAUUAAAUAGAUCCUGUUCAUUUCAAGUGAACGUACAAGUUCCUUAUGAAUUACAAAGAGGGCAGGCACUCAUUACUUUUGAAAAAGAAGAAGUUGCCAAAAAUGUGAUAAGAAUGAGAAACCAUCUUGUACAGAUGGAGGACGAAAGUGUGGACAUUGUGGCCCAACAAGUUCCAUUAAACUCAGAAGUCAGAUUCCAGGUUCAUGUACAAAUUUCUGAAGUGAAGAUCAAUGUUACUGGAAUUCCUGACAAAUUGCCUGCAGAUCAAAUGAGAGACAAGUUAGAACUGAGCUUUUCUAAAUCCCGAAAUGGAGGUGGAGAGGUGGAAUGUGUGGAGUAUGAUACCCAGUCCGGAAGCGCUGUUAUCACUUUUGUGGAAAGUGGAGUUGCUGGCAAGAUUUUGAAAAAGAAAGAUUAUCCCCUUUAUAUAAAUCAAAACUGCUAUAACGUUAUUGUUUCUCCAUACAUUGAAAAGCACGUGGAAAAGUUUCAGGUGUUUUCUGGAAUAUCUACCAGGACUGUACUUCUCACAGGAAUGGAUAAUGUUGAUUUGGAUGAAGACACUGUAGAGGAUUUGAUUAAUAUUCACUUCCAGAGGAAGAAGAAUGGUGGUGGAGAAGUAGAUGUGGUCAAGUGUUCCCUACAUCACCCUCAAAUAGCAUAUUUUGAAGAAGAGACUUAUGAAACCAUAUGA